AUGCCUAGAUCCCCGAGCCAGUGCCAUUGGCAUCUUGGCCGGAAGAUCCACCAGCGCCACCUGCAGGUGAUUAGUGAGACUGGAGAGAACAUGGUUACCAUGCAUCGAGUUGAUGUCCUUAGACUGAUGGACGAGAAUGGGCUAAAACUGGUCCUCAACGAAAACAAAAGAUCCACCCGUCUAAUGACUGGCAAACAUAUCCACGAGGAGCAGCUCAAACUCUGUGAGAAACAGAGAGCCAAGACAGGCCCUGUGCAGGUAAAGGAGCUCACCUUUUCCUCUGACAUUGGUAACCAUGAUCUUCUAACCAAGCUGCGGCAGGUCCAGAAUUGGCUGGAUAAAAAGCACCGUGUCAGAAUCACUCUGAGAACAGGAUGUAUGGAACAUGUACAGCCACUGGUGAGAUAUCUAUCGGGGAUUGGUUUACCUUUACCUGUCUGAUGCACAUCAUCUAAAACACUUAUCGUAUACAGAUGAUAUUCACCAUUGUUGUUUCAAAGACUGUAGAGAUGACUGAAUUGUAUGCAUAACGACUACAACAAUCA